CUUCCCUCCUAUAUUGUGUACAAAUAGCAACACUGCACGCUUAUACACACUAUCACCCCUACCCUCUUACCGCAUACAUCCCUGGCACCUGCAUCUCUCCAGCGAAGAUCAUUUACCCAAGAGGUAUCUUUUUCUCUCAACAUGCAUAUACGGUUUUCUCUUGCAGUCUGCCUGGCUGCAGCGAUCGCCAUAUCAAGCGCUGCACCAACCAUCAAACGCGCAGAUGUUCUGGAAAACAGGACGGCCGCAUUUGAUUGGGCCUCGACGAAGAUCAAAGGUGUCAACAUCGGCGGUUGGCUCGUUCUUGAACCAUUCAUCUCCCCAUCUAUAUUCUGGGCGCAUAGCACGAACGAAAUCACGGUUAGCGAUGAGUGGACACUUUGUGAGCAACUUGGCAAGGACAAGUGCUACGAGACCCUCAAGGCGCACUGGGAUGGUUUCGUCAGUCUUCAAGAUUUUCAGAAGAUUUCCGGUGCCGGCUUCAACACAGUACGAAUCCCUGUGGGAUACUGGGCAUACAUUUCCGGGGAUGGCGCACCAUAUGUUUCAGGGGCAGCGGAUUAUCUUGAGAAAGCUGUUACAUGGGCUAGACAAACGGGGCUGAAGGUGAUCAUCGAUCUCCAUGGUGCGCCCAAAUCGCAAAACGGAUUCGAUCACUCAGGACACAAGCAAUCUGCGCCAGGAUGGGGCGAUGGCGACAGCAUCCCACAAACACACCGCGCACUCAAAACCCUGGAACAAAAAUAUGCGAUCCCGGAGAUGCAGGAUGUGGUUAUCGCCAUCGAACUGCUCAACGAGCCUGCCCUUAACGCACUGGACGAGAACAUGGUUAAGCAGUUCUACAAAGACGGCUACUACAACUUGCGCGAAAUCAGCGAUACCGCCGUGAUGAUGCACGAUGGCUUCUGGGACCCAUCCUAUUUCAAUGAGUUCCUUACACCAGAGGAUAAUAAUGCCCAAAAGGUAGUGCUGGACCACCACGAGUACCAACUCUUUACGGAGUACGAAGUUGCUCUAACUCCAACCGAACACAAAACACUGACCUGCAACUCAAUUCACAAGUACGACCAAGGCGACAAAUGGAUCAUUGUCGGCGAGUGGUCUGGUGCCAUGACAGACUGCGCACCUCACAUCAAUGGAUUCAAACUAGGGAGUCGCUACGAGUCCAAAGGCAUCGGUUCAUGCUCGGGGAAGAGCGGCAAAGUGAAGGAUUGGAGCGAUGAGUGGAAGAACGAUGUGCGAGGUUACAUUGAAGUUCAGCUCGAUGCCUUCGAGGCUAGAACAAAUGGCUGGGUGUUUUGGAACUUCAAGACUGAGGGUGAUGCUGGCGAGUGGGACCUAUUUCAGUUAUUGGAUGCUGGAGUGUUUCCUCAACCGCUGAACGAGCGUAAAUUCGGUAAGUAUUGUACGAACUUCUAGGGAGGACGGUGUUCCACGCUCGAACGAU